CGGCACUGGGCGGACUCCGGACCGAACGGAGCAGUCAUCGCAGCGCACAGGUACUCGAGCUGUCGCGGCCGCUAGCUAGUCCCGCCCGCAACCCCCGAGCGGCCGGUCCAACUGUCCGCUCCGACAAGCACACCACCACCAUGCGCCUGCUCUUGCUCGUGGUCGCCGCCGCGGCGGUGGCCGUCGCCGCCCUCGCCGACGGCGCCCUGGCCCUGGCCGAGGAGCCCGUCGUGGAGGCCGGCAGCUUCGCGCAGAGCCUGGACCACUUCAGCGCGAUGGAGAGGAGGACGUGGACACAGCACUACGUGAAGUCCGGGCCCUUCUCCGAGGCCGGCGGCGAGGCCGGCGGCGAGGCGGGCCCCGUGGUCAUCCUGCUGGGCGGGCACGAGCCCGUCACGCCCCACACGCUCGCGGACAGCCACGCCCUGGAGAUCGCGCAGCAGCUCAAGGGCGUCGCCUUCGCCCUGGAGCACCGCUUCUUCGGAGCCAGCAUCCCGACAGAGGACAUGAAGUUGUCUAGCCUGCGGUACCUGAGCCAGGACCAGGCGCUGGCCGACGUGGCCUCCUUCAUCGAGCACCUCCGCGCGACGGGCCAGGCGCCGCCCGCGUCCCGGGUCGUGCUGUACGGCGGCCUCCGCGCGGGGAACCUGGCCGCCUGGGCGCGCGUCAAGUACCCGCACCUGGUGCACGCCGCCGUGGCGUCCAGCGCGCCGCUGUGGGCGCGCGGCGCCUUCACCGAGUGGAUGGACGUGGACAUGGCGGUCCUGGAGAAGCGCGGCGGCGCCAAGUGCCGGCAGGACGUCCGCGCCGCCGUCGAGUACCUCGACAAGACGCUCGGCGACAAGGGAGGCGUCGCGGAAAUCAAGGAACUCUUCGGCCUGUGCGCAGACUUCGGGGAGCAGCGGUGGGACGCGGACAUGCUGUUCCAGCGGCUGACCGACUCCGUGUCGGGCGCGGUCGACAUCGAAGAGACGCCCUACAUGAACAUGGUGCAGGAGGCGUGCUACAUGCUCGACGUCUCGGACCAGCCCCGCGACAAGCUGCAGGCCAUGGGCAGCAUCGCCGGCUUCGGCAUGAGCGACCAGGGCUGCGAGGACGUGGGCUACAAGAAGGGCAUCGCCGCGGCGCUGGACGACCGCUGGGGAGGGGCCAUCACCGCCUACAAUGAGCAGCUCACCGAUCGCCUGCUGCUGUUCUUGUCGUGCUUCGAGUUCGGCCAGUUCCACGCCCUGUCUUCCGAAUGGAGGAACCACUACCCCCUCGAGCUGUCUCUGCAGAAAUGCAGCGACGUUUUUGGCAAAGACUUCUCGCCGGCGCAGCUGGACGAGGCGGUGCGCCGCACCAACAUGGAGUUCGGCGCUGCCCGCCCCGACAUCCGGCGCGUCGUGUUCGUGCACGGCCAGGACGACCCCUACGCCGCGCUGGGCGUCACCGAGGACAUCGACGGCGACCUGGCGCCCGUCGUCGAGAUCCCGGGUGCUCGGCAGUGCAAGGACCUGGAAAAGUCGUCGGAAGAUGACAAGCAGGGCCUCAAGGAGGCGCGCGCCAAGAUAGUAGACCACCUCAAGAAAUUCCUCAACAUGUCAUAAUAGUAAUUAGCCGCAAAAGUAAAUAAUAAUAGCAAUAGCUGUAAUAAUUAGUAUAGUGAGCAAAACGUUUCAAAUUAAUAAAAGUUUUUAUAACGA